GCGAUUGCGGCGCGCGCAGUUCCUAACCUCAUUCGUGUUGUUGGUAGGUAUCGUGUAGUAUCGUCGCAUCAAACGGCGUCGAAAUACGCAGAUAUAACCUGCAGCAUUCAGCAUGCUGCACGUGUCUACAAGGCUCUGUGUGAGCCGGCUGGGGUUACCGGUACACGCUCUGUCAUCAAGAUGCGCCGGAACACUGUCGAAAGCGGAGGCGAGGGAACGACGGUGCCAGUUGUUCGACGAGGAGAAGAAAAGGCAGCGAUCGCAGCUCGGCAGAAUUGAGAAGAUAGAGGUUAAGUACCAGGCGCCGGACGAGGAGGCGGUAAUGGUGAUGAACCGGAACAUCUCGACACCCUACGACUGCGCCAGACACGUUUCCGAAAGCGUCGCCAAAACGUCUGGCAUCGCCUUGGUAAACGGUCGCGUCUGGGACAUGCACAAGCCGUUCACGGACAACUGUGAGCUGCAGUUCGUGACGCUGCAGAGUCCUCGGGUAGCCGCGGUGAACUACGCCUUUUGGCGGACCUGCUCGCUGAUCCUGGGCGCCAUGGUAGACACCGCGUUUAAAGAUGACAUAAGGGUACACCUGCACAGCUUCCCUGCUCCAGUAAUCCGCUCGGGUAGUUUCACUUACGACGUGUUUAUCGAUUUGCCUGACUGGCAACCGACCGUCUCCGAGCUGCGCGCCAUGGCCGCUUCUUUCUGCAUACUCAAAAACCGCGGGCUGCUGUUGGAGAGGCUAGAAGUUCCAUGCAACGUCGCCCUGGAUAUGUUUCAGGACAAUCCUUUCAAAUCUGAACAGAUACCCAACAUCGCCAAAAACAGCAAUAACAAUAGGGUGACGCUGUACCGCUUGGGAGACCAUAUAGAUAUCAGUAAAGGACCCAUGGUGGGUAACAGCGGCGUGAUAGGACGUGUUAGUAUGUCAGCUGUACAUAAACUUGUGAAUGGGCCUGUAGAAGGUCUGUAUCGCAUCCAGGGUGUUGCUUUACCCAAGGGUAUCUUGCUUAAUCACUUCGCCUUUAGUAUAUUAGAAAAUCGUGCUAAAAAACUGAAUACCGCCACAUGGCAGCCUCAUACAGAAGAAGAAACAGCAGCGAUCAAUGUUACCGCGUCGUUAAAUUAAGAAUAUUCAUUUCAUACAGUUUUUAUGUAAAUAAUAUCUAUCAAUCAUGACUUUAAAUCUCUCGGUCUCUCCCUUUUUUCGGAUUCCUUCCUUCUUGCGUUUGUACAAAUAAAUGGCGAGCACAAUGAA